AUGAUGAUCGCUUCUUUAGCUUUGGAAAAUAUAUUAAAUGGCGAAGCAAACACUCUAAUAUCAGAGGUUAAUGAUUUGAAAAUAGAUACUAAUAAUGAUUCAAAUUUAUCAACACCAACUUCAUCUUCCAUUCCAAGAUUACAUAGUAAUAAAGAUUCAAGGAAAAAUUCUGUUCACGGCGUACUAAACCACACAUCAAGUACAUCCAGUGGUGAAGAAUCUGCAAAACUUCCAUCAAUGAACAAUAUUUUGAACUCGAAAGAUCAUACUUUUUCACUCUCAACAAAGGGAUCGAUUUCCUCAGUUCCAUCAUCUCCUUCUUCCUCAUCCUCUUCAGCGGAUGAAAUCAAAUUGCAGUGUAAAUGGAACCAAUGUAAAAUGGUUUUCAAUCAGCCUGAAUUAUUAUAUAACCAUCUUUGUCAAGAUCACAUUGGUAGAAAAUCACAAAAAAAUUUACAGUUAAAUUGUCAAUGGGAGCAUUGUACUAUUAAGACUGAAAAGAGAGAUCAUAUCACUUCACAUAUUAGAGUACACAUCCCAUUAAAACCUUUCAAAUGUUCCAAUUGUGACAAGAAAUUCAAAAGACCACAGGAUUUGAAAAAGCAUUUAAAGACUCAUCUAGAUGCAACAAAUUCAAUAAAGAAGAAAAGAGGUCCAAAAAUUGGUUCUAAAAGAGUCAAUAAAAUAUCAAUAGUCUCUGAAGAACCAAGUUUCAAAGAAUUUGACGAAAUUAAAAGAUCAAGAAGUGUUCCUGCUAUUGUACCCAAGAGACAAGGUGCUAUUGCUCAUGAAAAUAGUGACAACAACAACACUAACAAUAACAAUAAUACUGGCUCAAGUCCCAUCAAUAAUGUCUUGCCACCUCUACCCAUGCCUCAAAAUAAUUUAUCUUUUCAACAUUUUUUGACUGAAGAUAUAAACCAAUUCGACCCCGUUUAUAAUCAAAGAUUAUGUUCAGCUUUUAGAGCAAUGAUUCCAACGCAACAACAACAGGACUCAAAUAGUUAUGGGACUAUCUCUCCUUUAAAUAUGAUAGAUUCGUUACCAAGAAAUCAAACGGCAAAUGCCGCUGCUUUCUUUACGAAAUUAUCUCAAAAUAUUGCAAAUUCUUAUAAUCAAAAUCAUUACAUGGUACCAUCACAAGUUAUAAAACCGAAUAAUCAACAUGCUAAGUUUACGACAGAGAAAUAUCCAACGAUACCACAUUUACCGUCGAUUUCUAGCAAUUUGGGUAAUAAUAAUUUAUUACCUCCUAUGAUGUCAAGAAUGCCCAUGGUAGAUGGUGGCAAUUUACAAAUGCAACACCCUGGUAGUAAUAUAACUCCACAUCUGGACAAUCCCUCUCGCUUCAAUAUGAUUGAUAAUGCCUACAGUUCCGUUCAAAGAAACAAUGGGAAAGAUGACGAGGAAGAAAGAGAAGAAGAUGAUGAGUGUGAUGCCGAUGGUAACGAUGAUAACGAUGAAAUUCAUAAUUUCAUCAACUUGGUUAAAGAUUAUUUAAUUUGUUCGCUGUUAGAAGAUGAAUAUGAAGAUGAUGGAGAUGAAAUGGAUAGUAUAGCCCAUGAAAAAGAAGAGAAAGUGCUUUCUAAAUAUCCUGCUAUUCUUGUAUAA